GAGAGAGAGAGAGAGAGAGAGAGAGAGAGAGAGAGAGAGUGCGUUUUUGCCCUGCAAUGGACUGGCGCUCUGCCUUGUAUCUGAUGCUGGCUGAGUUCCAGCUCUCCCAUGACCCUGUGCUGGAUAAUUUGUCGAGGGAUCGCAAAGUAGUCGGCGACUUGGAGGGAGCACGAUACUACGGAUCAAGAGCUCGCUGCUUCAAUGUCGCAGCUUUAGCUGUGAGCCUCUUGUUUUUCCUGAUCUUCCUCAUUCUCGUCAUUUUCUCUGUCUCUGUGAUUUCCGGCAAGAGCUUCAGCCUGGAACUCGGCAGUCCGCAGAAUUAGAUCAAGGGGUGGGGGUCGAUUUGUUCUUAACUCAAUUUUACUUUUUGUAAAAAUUG